AUGCACUUUACUCGGAACGCGCGCAAAGCCGACACAACGCCCAUCGUGAUCAAAGGACAGUCGGUGGAGCCCAAAGAACAUACUAAGAUCUUAGGCGUGAUCAUGGACGCUCGGCUUAAAUUUCAACAACAUAUUCCAGAAGCCGCGUCAAAGGCCAUGGAAGCAGCUAUGGAAUUGAAAAGACUGCGAGGAUUGUCAGCAAGAACGGCAAGGCAGUUGUUUGCAGUCACCGUGACUCCAGUAGUCGACUAUGCUUCCAAUGUCUGGAUGCACGCCUACAAGGACAAGCUAAUGGGACAAAUCAAUCGCGUCCAGAGAGCGGGAGCGCAAGCUAUCGUGGGCACAUUCAUGACCGUAGCAACAUCCGUGGCGGAGGCGGAAGCACACAUUGUGAGCGCGCGGGAGCGGUUCUGGAAGCGGGCGAUCAAGAUGUGGAUAGCGGUACAUACUCUGCCCGGAACGAAUCCACUCAGCAGAAUUACGAAACGGAUUAAAAAGUUCUAUACGCGCUUUCGAUCACCUCUGCACCAGGUGGCGGAAAGGUUGAAAGGCUUACCACUCUGGCAGAUGGAGACCAUCACCCCGGUUCUGGUGGAACCUUGGAGGGCCCGCCUGAAGACAGUGAUGGACAAACCGGCCGAUGAAGUAUGCGCAGGGUGGACACUAGCUGUUGCGGUGAGCAGCUCGGCGAGGAACGGCAUGGUGGUAGUUGGUGGAGUCAUUCACAGCAGGAAUAUGGAACGCAGUCAGUCCGAGCAGAAGGUCUUCUCUUUCACGCUUGGGCCGAGAGCAGAGCAGAAUCCGUUUUCAGGAGAGCUGGCGGCUAUAGCAUAUGCAUUACGGAAGCUACCCGACAGCAAUCGCCAGAAUAUUGCAGUUUUCUCGCGCAACAAGGGAGUGGUGGCAGCAUUGAGUCGGCCCUGUCAGCAAUCGGGACAAGGAUUUAUCACAUGCAUCUACGACUCGGUAGAGAAGCUGGUUGGGAAAGAAAACAUCGUUUCUGUAGGAUGGGACUCGCCGAGCAAGAACAAGCUGUUGCAGGCGGCCAAAAGACAGGCAAAAGUGGCUACGCAGCAGGGCGCUGUACCUGAGGUUCCAUUCCCAGUGAUGAAGAGCACGACGUUGAACAACGAGCGAAGAAACCUUAGAAGUGAACGAUGCAUACCUGAAGGAGUUGGACGGUUCUCCAAGAAAAUAGAUGUGGCGCUACCUGGGAGCCACACGCGCGAGAUUUAUGAGGAGUGGUCAUGGAGGCAGCGCUCAACGCUUGCCCAGCUGAGGACAGACAUGGCAAAACUGAACGGUUAUCUCCAUCGUAUCAAAGCAGUACCUUCGGAGCAAUGCGCUUGUGGGCAGGCGAAAGAAACGGUCAAACAUUUUCUUUUACAGUGCCCGCAAUGGGAUGAACAGCGAAAAGAGUUACGAGCUUGCACAAGCACGAGAUGGAACGAUUUGUCGUACCGACUAGGGGGAAAAUCGGCAUCAGACGGACCGAAAUGGAAACCAAACAUGGGAGCAAUCCGAGCGACGAUACAGUUCACACUGGCCACAGGACGUUUCGACAAUUGA